GAUGGAGACAUUGGAAAGAUGCUGUCAAGAAAGCUAAAAACAAGGACAUUUCGGUGGAAGUCUUAUUAUUAUUAGUGUUUGGUACAUUCACGCUGAAAUCAAAAUUAGCUUUUGUGUUGGCCAAUGCACUCCUUGUCAAGGCAUAAACUAGAACAGAGUAAUUAGAAGGGGAAAAAACAUGAAGAAAGCUAUGAGCUGAUAAUUAUAUGGUUUGUCAACAGCUAUAAAUUCAGAUAAAUAUAUUUAUCUAAACCUGAACGUUCUUUGUUUUUUUUUACUUGCUUUCUAUGGUAUUCUUAAAUUGACCAUUAGAAUGAACUUUUCAUUACUUUCUUAACCUCAAAGAGAUGGAAGAACUGAAAACUGCUGAUAGAAUGUGUGGUGAUGAAGUAGAGAAUGGUUUCGAUGCAAUUGUUAUAGGGUCAGGAUAUGGUGGUUCUGUUGCUGCAUGUCGGAUGUCUAUGGCAGGGAUAAAAGUUUGUUUACUUGAGAAAGGCCGCAAAUGGGAAUCUCAGGAUUUUGUUACUGACAGUAUGAAAAUAACUUCAGCUGUGAGGAUGGAAAAUCGCAAUUUAGGCGUAAGCUUUGGUCCUAAAGAUGCAUUAUUCCAGGUUUUCGAACAAAAUGAUUCUCUAGCUACUGUAGCCUGUGGGCUAGGGGGAGGUUCGCUAGUGAAUGCUGGAGUGAUGCUUCCAACCCCAGUUCUUGUUAGAAAGGAUCCAAACUGGCCAAAAGAAUGGGAAAGGGAUUGGUCUUUCUGUGAAGCUGCUGCUGCAGCCAUGCUGAAGGUACAAAGUAUUCCGGUCAAAUUUCCUUCCGCCAAAGUCUUAGAAGAAAUUGUUGACGAAGAGAUCGAAGGAAGUUUUGAGUCUUCGCUGAAUCUUAGCAUUAACUUCGAUAUUGAGGAAUCAUUGUCUAGUUCACAGAAAAUCCAACAGCGUGGUAACUGCUUAGCUUGUGGAAAUUGUCUUGCUGGCUGUCCUUAUAAUGCAAAGAGUUCAACAGACAAAAAUUAUUUAUUGGCAGCCAUCCAGGCAGGUUGUGUUGUUCAUACUACAUGUCAAGUUCAGUAUGUUGUAAAAAAUUCACUUAACCAGGAAGGCAAAACCUCCCGAGAAAGAAAAUGGUCUGUUUACUUGAAUGAGAUUGAUUUUAUCACCUGUGAUUUUGUAAUCCUUUCAGCUGGAGUUUUUGGUACAACUGAGAUACUCUUUCGGUCUCAAAUGAGAGGACUAAAAGUUUCUGAAUCACUUGGCUGCGGAUUUAGCUGUAAUGGAAAUGCUGUGGCCUACCUUGCUGGGAGUCCUGCACCUUUGAAUGCUUAUGGAUUAGAUAGAGAGCAGUUAUGGAAAAAAUCUUUUCACGAACGGCCAGGACCAUCUAUCUCUUCUUCGUAUACAUCUUCAUUGGGAUUUACAAUUCAGAGUGCAGUACUUCCUUCGGCUUAUCCUAACCUGCUUUUUAAAGGCAUUACAACUUAUGGGUGGCCCAAUGGCUACUGGUUCUUCCAUGGGAUUUUAGAUAAGUUGAAACAAAUUCUAAGCUUCAAAGCCAGCCAAGCAAUUGUUCUAAACGCAAUGGGUUAUGACAAGGGCGACGGAAAAAUUAUGUUGCAAAGGGACACAGAUAAAAUUUCUUUUUUCCCACCACUUGACCCUCUACUACCACAAAAAAUAAAUGUCUUUCAAAGAAUCACAAAAAAGUUAGGGGGGAUUCUUUUCAUUUCAAGAUACCGAAGCACAUCAGUUCACCAUUUAGGUGGGUGCAAUGUGGCAUCUGAUCCUUCUCGUGGUGUUUGCAAUGCCAGUGGUCAGGUUUUUGAUCCCACGAAUCCUGAUUCUGUGCAUCCAGGCCUCUAUGUUUGUGAUGCUUCAUUAAUUCCACGUUCUGUUGGUGUAAAUCCAUCUUUUACAAUCACAAUUGUUUCUGAACAUGUAAGCAAGCAUCUUGUGAGUGAGAUUCUCAAGUACAAGUGCCAACAUGGUCUUGACCUUUCUGCUAGCAAUGAUAAUAAGCAUUCUAUCCACAAAACAAUUAUAAAUAGAUCCCAGAGUUCAAUAGUCAUGGUUAAAGAAACCAUGAAGGGUUAUGUGGGAGGAAUGCCUUGUGCCAUUUUUCUCAUAAUGAAGAUGAACUCCGAGGGUCAGAAAGAUUUCAGUCAAUCAAAAGGAAGUCUAGGAGAAUGUCAUCCACUUCUUAGAGGAAAAGUUGGUGGAUAUGUAGAAUUUCGGGCCAUUGAGAAGGACAAUCUAUACAUUAUUGAUGGGGAAGUAAAUUUGUGUGAUACUGGUUGCAGAACUCCCUUCACUCAGUAUAUGACUUAUCACCUUCUUCUUGCAGCUUCUUCUGGUUCAAGAUAUAUUCUGAAGGGGAAGAAGACCUUGAAUCCUUAUCUUUUUGGUUUAUAUGCUUGGCGAGAGAUGACAACAUUGCAUGUGAGAGUUGAAAAAGUUGUAGAAAAAAGUUCGAUGAAUGAUAUUGCCAUUUUUGAAGGGGAACUCAGCAUCUCAGUUUUAGAACUUCUCAAGAGUUUCUUAAGUCUUAAGGGAGAAAAGAGAGGACAGUUCAUUAGUCUUUUGUUAAAGACGUUUAUGAGAACCUAUAUCUUACAGACACCACGGUUGACUUACAAAAGCUCAACACCAAUGGGGUUCUUAGAAAACCUCUACGGAUACACUUCUCGUUUUGAAAUCACAACAGAAGAUGGAAUUACCGUCGGUUGCAUAAAAUUUAGCUGUGCCCAAUAUUCAUCGAGGGUUCAAGAAGGAAAACAACGUAAUCCAGUUAUCCUGAUUAAUGGCUAUUCAACAGAAAGUUACUAUCUGCCAACAGAACCCACUGAUUUGACUAGAACUUUACUUGGAGAAGGGCAUGAUGUCUGGCUAUUGCAAUCAAGAUUACACCCUCUAAAUCCUUCUAAUGACUUCACAAUAGCAGAUAUUGGCAGAUUUGACAUCCCUGCUGCAAUCAACAAGAUCCUAGAAAUGGAUGGGUCCUGCAGAAAGGUACAUAUUGUUGCACACUGUGUUGGAGGGUUGGCAUCACACAUGUCUCUCAUGGGAGGACAUGUCUCUAAUUCUUGUGUGGCCUCUCUCUCUUGUACCAACUCUUCAAUGUUUUUCAAGCUAACCGUUUCGUCAAUGGUCAAAAUGUGGCUUCCUCUGGUCCCAAUAUCCAUGGCUAUACUUGGCAAGAACAAGAUCCUCCCUCUCUUGGCAACAUCUAGUAUCAGCAGAAGGCAUCAGCUCCUAAAAUUGAUAGCCUAUUUGUUACCACGGUACGAGAGGUGCACCUGCAACGAAUGUGAAGUUUUCUCUGGCAUAUUUGGCAACACAUUUUGGCAUGAAAAUGUGAGUCCUUCUCUUCAUCAUUGGUUAAACAAGGAAAGCUCCACAAUGCUCCCCAUGGCAGCAUUUCCUCACCUCAGAAAAAUUUGCAAUGCCGGUUUCAUUGUCGACGAGGAAGGGAACAACAAUUACUUGAUACAUCCAGAGAGAAUGGCAUUCCCAACGCUAUACAUAUCAGGUGGAAGGAGUCUUCUGAUAAGUCCUCUCACUUCCUUUCUAGCUAACAAAUACAUGAAGUUGCAUCAAUCAAAAUUUAGACAUGAAAGGGUGGUUGUGGAUGGCUUUGGGCAUUCUGAUCUGUUGAUUGGAGAGAAGUCUUGUAAGGAAGUAUUCCCCCACAUUCUGUCACAUAUUAAAUUAGCUGAAAAAGAAGGUGCAAUCACUGGUGAUGCCAAAAAGAGAUACAGGAGUGGGGAGGCAUUGUCUUGGAGUGAAGAUCCACAUGAUGGGUAUGGAAGCUUUGCUACUUGGUUUUCCCCUUGGGUUAUUACUUGGAUGUUCUUAUGUCUUUUGGUUUUGUUAUUGUUUCCACUCUUCAGUUGAAUACUUUCUACAACAUAGUGUUAGAAAUUUGGGGGUAGAGCAAAGUUUGAAUUUUCACUCCAAAAUGGUGUGGUUUGGUAAUAGCAAAAAUGUUAUACUUUUACUUGUAAAGUUCUGUUUUUCAAUUUGAUUUACAUUUUUCUAAUUUAA